UCUCAUACUAUAUCAUUAUUGAUUUUUUUAUUUAAUUUAAAUACUCAACAUUGACCUCUCUCUCUCUCUAUCUUUCUCCAGUUUCCAAAUCAAAAAUCGAUUCCUUUUCUCCCUAGCAAAACCCUAGCUUCGACGAAUCGCUUACCGUUUCUUCUUCCGAGUCGGAUCGAAUCGCCAUGGCUAAGAGCUCUUUCAAGCUUUCUAAUCCUCUGGAGACAAGGAUGAAUGAAGCGAGUCGAAUCAGAGAGAAGUACCCUGACAGAGUCCCGGUGAUUGUGGAGAAGGCUGGACAGAGUGAUGUUCCUGACAUUGACAAGAAGAAGUAUCUCGUCCCAGCUGAUCUAACCGUUGGUCAGUUUGUGUACGUGGUUCGCAAAAGAAUCAAGCUUGGAGCUGAGAAAGCAAUCUUCGUCUUUGUCAAGGAUACAUUGCCUCCAACUGCUGCGUUGAUGUCUGCGAUCUAUGAAGAACACAAAGAUGAAGAUGGGUUCCUCUACAUGACUUACAGCGGAGAGAACACUUUUGGUUCUUUCAUCGUUGCUUGAUUAAGUAAAAUUUCCGAUCUUUCCAUGAAUGUACAUAGAUAAAAAGGAGGAAGAUAAGAUGUACAUUCCUUCCUUAUUCUCUCUUGCUUUUGCUUUUUCUUUUGCUUUGAAUCUUUGACAUUUGGGUUUAUUAUAAUCUUCACAAAACCUUUUCCUUA